GCCAGUGACAGUCAUCUGUCUGGACGCGCUGGGUGGAUGCGGGGGGCUCCUGGGAACUGGGUUGGAGCCGAACGAGCGCUAGCCAGGCGUAAGCGCGCACACACUGCAGCGUCCCGAGGACAACCCCCCUCCCACCGCCGCCCCCUCAGCCCACCCGGAGACCCCUGCACCGAGUCGCCUCCGGAUCCCCGGCAGUCUGCGGGAGAGUUGGAGGUUGGAGCGAUCUGCUCCCCACGGGAAGGAAGCACUCCCCCAUAUUAAAAAGAGCAGAGAUAUUAAAAGAGAGGCGAACCCAUGCCCAGCUGCACCGCGUCCACCAUGCCGGGGAUGAUCUGCAAGAACCCAGACCUCGAGUUUGACUCCCUGCAGCCCUGCUUCUACCCGGACGAAGAUGACUUCUACUUCGGCGGUCCCGACUCGACCCCACCAGGGGAGGACAUCUGGAAGAAGUUUGAGCUGCUGCCCACGCCCCCGUUGUCGCCCAGCCGCGCCUUCCCAGAGCACAGCCCGGAGCCCUCGAAUUGGGCCACGGAGAUGCUGCUGCCGGAGGCCGACCUGUGGGGCAACCCGGCCGAGGAGGAUGCGUUUGGUCUGGGGGGACUGGGUGGCCUCACUCCUAAUCCGGUCAUCCUUCAGGAUUGCAUGUGGAGCGGCUUCUCUGCCCGCGAGAAGCUGGAGCGCGCAGUGAACGAGAAGCUGCAGCACGGCCACGGGCCCCCGGGAGCCAGCUCAUCCUGUCCGGCUCCUGGAGUGGGUGCCAGUAGCUCCGGGGGCCGUGCCCUUGGUGGGUCGGCGAGUGCUGGUCGCACCGGGGCCACCCUGCCUACCGACCUUUCCCACCCGGCUGCGGAGUGUGUGGAUCCCGCCGUGGUCUUCCCCUUCCCGGUGAACAAGCGAGAGUCGGCUUCGGUGCCCGCUGCCCCGACCAGUGCCCCGGCCACCAGCGCUGUGGUCACUAGUGUGUCUGUCCCGGCUGUAGCCCCGGUGGCUGCUCCUGCUCGUGCAGGCGGUCGUCCUGCCAACAGUGGCGAGCACAAGGCCCUCAGCACCUCUGGAGAGGAUACCUUGAGCGACUCAGAUGAUGAAGACGAUGAGGAGGAAGAUGAAGAGGAGGAGAUCGAUGUGGUCACGGUAGAGAAGAGACGUUCCUCCUCUAACAACAAGGCAGUCACCACUUUCACCAUCACUGUACGCCCCAAGACCUCGGCUCUGGGCCUGGGGCGAGCACAACCUGGCGAGCUGAUCCUCAAGCGCUGUGUCCCCAUCCAUCAGCAACACAACUAUGCCGCACCCUCACCCUAUGUGGAGAGCGAGGAUGCGCCACCACAGAAGAAGAUCAAGAGCGAGGCUUCUCCACGCCCCCUCAAAAGUGUCGUUCCACCAAAGGCUAAGAGCUUGAGCCCCCGAAACUCAGACUCGGAGGACAGCGAGCGCCGCCGAAACCACAACAUCCUGGAGCGCCAGCGCCGCAACGACCUGCGCUCCAGCUUCCUGACGCUCAGGGACCACGUGCCCGAGCUGGUGAAGAACGAGAAGGCCGCCAAGGUGGUCAUCUUAAAAAAGGCCACCGAGUACGUCCACGCCCUACAGGCCAACGAGCACCAGCUCCUGCUGGAGAAGGAGAAACUGCAGGCGAGGCAGCAGCAGUUGCUAAAGAAGAUCGAACACGCUCGGACUUGCUAAAAUGCUAAAACGUUUCUCACACGGACAGUCACUGCCACUUUGCACAUUUUGAUUUUUUUUUUUUUUUUUUUUAACAAACAUUGUGUUGACAUUAAGAAUGUUGGUUUACUUUCAAAUCGGUCCCCUGUCGAGUUUGGAUCUGGGUAGGGGGCAGGACGCGGGGUUCUGCCAUGACCUUGGAAUAAAAAAAAAAAAACUGAGUUUAUGGGAUGCUGGGUGGCUUGUUUUCCUCCUCCAUAUCACCUGGUGACAGCCGUGGAAGUUCGGGACACUUAGGAGCUUCAGGAGGCUGUGAAGUCACCUUGUUCCGGUCCAAGUUUCCAAACAGAGUCAUUCCUUCUUUUUACAAUGGUGCUUAAGUUCCAGCAAAUGCCACAGAAGGGGGGUUGCCAUUUGAUGCCCCUGGGAACGCUUGUGUAAAUACCAUUAAUACACCCGCCUUUUGUAUACGUCCUGGGUAAUGAGAGGUGGCUCUCCUGGCCAGUAUUAGACUGGAAGUUCACACCUAAGUACUGUAAGAAUACCUCAAUGUUUGAGGAGCAUGUUUUGUAUACAAAUACAUUGUUAAUCUGUUAUGUACUGUACUAAUUCCUACACGGCCUGUAUACUUUAGUAUGAUGCUGAUACAUAACUAAAUUUGAUACUUAUAUUUUCGUAUGAAAAUGAGUUGUGGAAGUUUUGAGUAGAUAUUACUUUAUCACUUUUUGAACUAAGAAACUUUUGUAAAGAAAUUUUACUAUAUAUAUAUAUUCCUUUUUUUUCCUAGCCUGUUUCUCUUCCUUGUUACUGUAUUUGUUCAUGUUUGGUGCAUAGAACUGGGUAAAAAUGGCAAAGUUCUGUGUUUAAUUUUCUUCAAAAUGUGUAUAUAUUUAGUGCUGCACCUUAGAGCACUUUGAAAUACCUCAUGUUUAUGAAAAUAAAUAGCAAUUAAAUGA